CUAUGUAAAUAACGAAAAACCGGGGACAAUCUUAAGCAGCUGGUUGAGUUGAGUUCCCAACUGAACAAACAAACCGCUUACUGAGCCCAUUACUAACUCAGUUGCCAGCUAGCUGUAGCCAUGAAUACACCUACAAGAACAGCAUUUGGAUUGUUAAUAUUGCUGCCUCUGGUCCUGAUGCAGCAGGACACUCAAACGGCCAACUGGUCGGCUCAAAUCGAACUGGAGCUUCAAGAACAACCAGACAAGUUGGCCUACUGCAGGGCCCUGCAGCAGCAGCAACUUCAGAUAUCCCUCCAAAACACUGGAUGUGCCACCAUUCUGAGCAACCAGCUAGAUCUGACAGGUGGAUUGCUACUCGAGAUUCAAAAGCGCUGCUGGUCCGGAUGGGUGCUCAUCGGAAGACGGUGUCGCAAGUUGGUCUGAAUUUGGAUAGAGACUUUA